CAAAUGAAAGGUCCGGAAUGACCAUCAAAAUUUUAUUUUUGGACUUUGAGCAAGUGCCGCAAACCACCAUGUGAAAAACUAGACCAGAUCGUGAACGUAAGACAUCAUAUGAUUUAAGCCAAAUAAAAUAUAGAUAAGAAGACUUAGAAUAGUUUGUGGUGUCAUCACUAGUGGCCUAUUGUCCAACCACUGACUUGUUCACAUAUCAGUCGUUUUACGUGAAAGGUGCACUUUGGAAUUAAAUCAAAAAAGUAGCAAUUUCAUCAUCGUUCUAUAUAAACAAGAUAAGUUGCAGAAAAGGACAGAUUCGAGGAAUCAAAUGCUGAAGAUGCACUCAUAGCCUGAAAGAUUGGUGAAAAUAUUUCCAGAAACAAUUGUUUCGAGAACAACUGAACAAGAAAGACCUGAGAGUUAAAUGAGUCAGAGUGGUGACUAAGAGAAACAUCGCAAAAAACAACAACAAUCUGAAACAGCAAACACCAAGAUGAAUUACAUCAUCCUAGUUACCAUAGCGAUAUUAUAUCUGGCACAAAAUGCCUGCCCGAAAGAUGUCCCAUAUGAAAUACUCCAAGACACUUUCAUAGGCGCCAUCUAUGCGCACACACCAGUGAUAGGAAGCAGGGAAACGGGGAAAAUAAUCACUCGUGAGCAAGCUUUGGAAGCUGUAAAACCAAACUUGGCUGUCUAUGAAGAGCAGACUAGAAUUGCAAAAAGCCAGAAUGCUGAUAUCAUAGUCUUCCCUGAAUAUGGGCUCUAUGGUUUUGGAACAACUCGUGACUCUGUUGUACCAUACAUGGAAUACAUUCCUGACCCACAAUCAGAGAGUUGGAAUCCAUGUUUAGAUCCACGUCAAUCAAAACCCACUGACAAUGUCAUACUGAAGACGCUCAGCUGCAUUGCCAAAAAUUCAUCAAUUUAUCUCGUUGCGAAUUUGGGUGAUUACCAGUAUUGCGAACCUGCUCAAGAUCCUGAAUGCCCUGACGAUAAGAGGUACCAGUACAACACAAACGUUGUGUUUGACCCGCAAGGAGCCUUGAUCGCACGUUACCAUAAACAGAAACUAUUCAUGAGUGAGAUUGUCCGUUAUGACGUGCCAACAUCUCCGGAGUAUAUCACCUUCAAUACUCCAUUUGGGAAAUUUGGAACAUUCGUAUGUUUUGAUAUCCUCUUCAAAGAGCCUGCAGUUGACCUCGUUACUGAAUACAAAGUGAAUCAUAUUCUCUUCCCAACAGCCUGGAUGAAUGUCUACCCAUUUUUCAGUGCAGUGUCAUUUCAUUCUGCCUGGGCAUAUGGGAUGGGGGUUAACUUUUUGAGCGCUAACAUUCAUCGACCUAGAAACAGGAAUGUUGGAAGCGGUGUGUAUGGAUACAAUGGGAUUAAGGAAUAUACCAUGGAUCACGAGGCUCCAAAUGGAGAACUUAAACUUGCCACGCUUGAAUCUAGACCAAGUCCCAAAACAAUCCAGCAUACUAAACUUGAAAACCUGGGAAACACAUCAAGGGAGUUCGUCUCUGAUUUAUUUGGCGAUAAAUUCAAUUUUGUUUCAUUGAAGGAAUACGAAGGUACAAUAUCUGUAUGUCACAAUGCAGUAUGUUGUAGCGCCACCUAUAAACGAACUGGUAACUCCCAUAAUGAACUAUAUGCAAUUGGGGCCUUUGAUGGCCUCCACACAAAAGAAGGUACAUAUUAUCUACAAAUCUGUACUUUACUAAAAUGUGCAACAGAUGAACCAGAAUCAUGUGGUUCAAAAGUAACAGACUCGAAAACCAUUUUUGAACAUUUUACACUUAAGGGCAACUUCAGUACCCAGCAUAUAUUCCCGAUGGUUGUUUUAGACAAGGCAGAGCCAUCUAUUAAUGACUGGGAGUACUCAGAUGGCCCGACAUUGUCAUCAAAUAGCCUCCAAAAGCCCCUACUUACAGCAGCCAUGUUUGGACGCUGGUAUGAAAUGGAUCAGCUAUUUGGGCAAAGACCUAAAACUACAGUUGGUGUGAAAAGUCCUGGAAAUAGUGCAAAUGAUAACACUUCUAACAUCAAAGUAUUACUCCUCUCUUUUAUAUCAUUCUUCAUAAUUGUUCAAUUUAAAUGCCAAUUAUAGUUAGGAGAAAUCAGUACAAUAGAAUAGUUUAAUUAAUCAACUGUAAAAUUGAACAUUUUAUCAAGAGUCUGAUCUCGGUGAUGUGGUCACAUUGUGAUGUGGUCACAAUGGCCCAAUGAAGUACUAUGUAUAGUGGUCAUAGCAACAUGAACCCAUAUUAUCUCCGAAAGGAGAAACUCAAAAUGAACAGAGGUUCUUGUAUUGGCCCUGGGGAUCUAGUUACCCUUUGGAGUCAUUUGACUUUGCUUCUUAAAAGAGAGCU